GAAACUUGUGAGCACAGGACUGGAAAGGCUGCACAAGUUAAAGAACCGCCAUGGUUUCUCUGGCCGUCCGAAUUGCUCUGCUCGCUCUGUUUCAGCUUGGCAACGCUGAAAAUGACUAUUCUAAGCUUGUUACAGCGCGCUGCGACAACGCCCCGAAUGUGGACUGGACAGAAAGCAUCAAUGGCUUCCUGCGGCGGAUACCGAAAACAAUUACAAUGCCAAGCCGCACAGAGAAGACAUGGAUGGCAGGAUUUAAAACCUCUUCAGUCGAAGUGACCGGCCUCGGAAGUCUGUGGGCCUACAAGCCACCCUAUAGCUUCUGCGUCGCUAACCGCACCCUGAUUGAAGCUGUGGUGUUUGCCGACGAUCCUCUGAUGAUCAACAUUGAGUGGAAGAGCUGCGCCGGAAGCAGCGGCAAAAUAGGAACAAAGGUUUCUACAAGCAAGCUGCGCAUCUACUUUGAGUCUGAUCCAACACCCGAGGACCGUUACCGGGUUCGGCUGCAAAACAUCGAACCCGACAGCCUUGACGACCCCCAGUUGUACGUGACAGGAACGAGCCCAACCGUCAGUGGUUUCGUAGAAGCUCUUGGAAUCAUAGGAAUGCCCCACCUGCAGUUGUUCUGGAGCAGAUUCAUGCGUGUUGAUGCAAUGUCUCUUAUUAGGGACGACCUCAAGAUCUAAGAAAAGCUUGGCCAUAUAAACAGAAGAUUUGGUCCCCAAAAUUUAAUAAUAUGUAGUUCAUUUACGUUGAUGCAGUUUCAUGCGCAACUUGAGAAGCUUCGUCUUCGAUGUAAACGAUGUUGACGACCAUAUGACAAAAAUUAAAGAUCAGUGAGGCGUCAUCCAAUGCGUGUCACAAGAUUGUUACAGAAAUAAAGCUGUGUUCACU